AUGGCUGAGAACGAGCUUCCCAGGAGUCUUCAGACUAGUUUGGAUGGGACCAAGGUAUCAUAUGUGCAACUUGGCAAAUCUGGUCUGAGGGUUUCUGUUCCAAUUCUUGGAGGCAUGUCCUUUGGCCAUAAACAAUGGCAACCAUGGGUCCUUGAUGACGAGACUACGGUCAACAAGAUCCUGAAAGCGGCGUAUGAUCAAGGCCUUAAUACGUUCGACACCGCAAAUGCAUACUCAAAUGGAUUGUCCGAAACCAUGAUCGGAAAUUUCCUCAAGAGUAACAACAUUCCGCGAAACAAAAUCAUCAUUCUUUCGAAAUGUUUCAGCCCCGUGGGUGAAGAUCCAAGCGUGCUCAAUUAUAAAUACCCGGAUACAAUGGCGAAGUCGAAAGAUUAUGUCAAUCAAGGUGGGCUUAGCCGCGCUGCGAUCUUCAAUGCCGUUGAAGCAAGCCUCCAACGGCUGGGUACAACGUACUUGGAUCUUCUACAAGUACAUCGGUUCGACAAAUCCGUGCCGGUCGAAGAGACAAUGAAAGCACUUCAUGACCUGGUGGAGCAAGGUAAGGUGAGAUACAUAGGAGCAUCCAGCAUGUGGGCUUACCAGUUUUCAACCAUGCAACAUGUCGCCGAGAUUCAUGGAUGGACGAAAUUCAUCUCAAUGCAGAACCAUCACUCGCUAUGCUACCGUGAAGAGGAGCGGGAGAUGAAUCCUUAUUGUGAACAGACAGGAGUUGGGUUGAUGGCUUGGAGCCCUCUCUACGGUGGUCUUCUCGCGCGACCAUUGAAACAUCCAGCAACACAAAGACAGGAAGCCACACAAUCCCAACCAACUCCCGAAGAUGAAAAAGUCAUUGAUGCUGUACAGAAACUAGCUGAGCAGAAGGGUUGGACUAUGAGCCAGGUGGCUCUUGUUUGGUUGGUGCAGAAAUCAUCGAUACCAAUUGUUGGCAUUGGUUCUCUCGAGCGGCUCAGCGAGGCUAUUGAAAUUCACGGCAAGAAGCUGACCUCGGAAGAUAUUGCUUCACUUGAGAAGGUGUACAAACCUAGAUUAAUCAUUGGACAUGCAUAG